AUGAAAAUUGGGGCAUGGUGGCUGUUAUGUGCGUUGGGCACCUUGCUUUCAUGUAUGGGCGUGUUUGCAGCUGCGAGUCCUUUGCAGGAAAAAUUGGUCAAGGCAGCACAUCAAUCGCCGAACGGCGUCCUUAAAUUAAAUGAGGAAUCUUACAAAAGUCUGCUUGCAGCUCCUCGGGAUUAUGCUGUUUUUGUCCAAUUGACGGCUCUUAGUCCCAGGUUUCGGUGUGCCGCGUGCGGUCUGAUCCGUGAGCCAUUUGAACAGGUUGCACGUGGUUGGAAAUCUAAGAAAGAACACGACCGACUUGUGUUUGCGACGAUCGACGCGGGCGAUGCAAUGGGGCUUUUCCGUGAGCUGGGAAUUGCGUAUGUACCCAUAUUAAACUACCAUCCACCAGCUGUUUCUGCUGCUGGUUCAAAGCAUGAAGAUUUCGAUGUCGCAUUAAACGGAUACGAUCCAGAUGAUUUGGCGCAAUUCCUCUCUGAGCGCAUCGGCGUUCCAUUUAAACCUAAGAAGCCUUUGGUCCCCAAGAAUGUGACUGCUUAUCUUAUUCCCAUAUUCCUGUUUCUCGCCUCGGUUUUCUUUGUGCUCCGUCAAGGCUCUCUUCAGCAAGCGCUCAAGACGUCUGGCUUGAUCAUCUGCUUGGGUCUCGUGCUGACGUAUACAUCGGGGUAUAUGUGGACUCGCAUCCAUACAGCUCCAUUUAUGGUCUAUGAACCUAACGGCUCGCCAAUCUACUUCACCUCUGGCUUCCAGGCUCAAUAUGGAGUUGAGAGCAUGUGCAUGAUCGCACUGUACGCGGGUCUUGUGGCUGUUGUGAUGGUGCUUACGCGCCUAGCCCCAAGCAUCGACUCGGCGAUCGUUCAGCGCGUCGUUGUAAUUGCAGGUGCUGUUUGCUUUGUGUUAUUGUAUGGCCUGUAUGCCAAAGUUUUCUCCUUUAAAAAUGCUCACACACUAUCCAGUCCACCAUAUCCAUUCCGACUUCUCAUUUAG